CUGGUGCUAUGUUGUCACACUGGGUGAGUCGGUGUGAUUGACCGCGGACCCUGGUGCUAUGUUGUUACACUGGGUGAGUCCCCGCCACUGCCGCCAUGGAGGACCGCGUGAAGGAGUCGCACCGCGUCGCCUUCGCCUGCCUCACCGCAGCGCUCCACGAGGACGAAAACCCGAGCGGAGACAAAAACGAGGCGAUCAAAUGGUACAAGAAAGGGAUACUGGAAUUGGAGAAAGGCAUCGGCGUCUCCAUCACAUGGCAAGGGGAGAAGGCCGAGCGAUCUCGGAGCCUGCAGGAAAAGAUGAGAAGAAACCUGGCAAUGGCCCGAGAGAGGCUCGGCUUGCUGGGUUGCGAAGAGAGUGUUCCGAGAUCAAACGCUGGCCACAAAGAUGGCCCCGUGCCCAGCACCUCGACUCAGAGUAAACCCCGGCCACAAACCAAGAGCACUUUAGCAGCAAGGCCCUCGUCCCACCGCCCCCUGGUGACCAACAGAGCGACUGUGCCCAGGCAGCAGCCAGCGGCACAGCCCACAGCCCCAUCAGUGCUCAAGAAACUGAAGGCUCUCAACGUGGACAACACCAUGGCCCAGCUCAUCGUCAAUGAGAUUGUUGACAGGAGUCCGCAAGUCAAGUGGGAUGAUAUUGCUGGACAAAAAGUAGCCAAGCAAACCCUGCAAGAAAUAGUCAUUCUGCCUUCCCUCAGGCCAGAGCUCUUUACAGGUCUGCGCUCACCUGCCCGUGGAUUGCUGCUAUUUGGCCCUCCAGGAAACGGGAAGACCUUACUGGCAAAAGCUGUAGCAACUGAGUGCAGUGCAACUUUUUUCAACAUCAGCGCUUCCAGCAUGAUGUCAAAAUACGUUGGAGAGGGGGAGAAGCUGAUGCGUGCCCUGUUCGCUGUGGCAAGAGAGAUGCAGCCAUCCAUUAUUUUCAUAGAUGAGAUUGACAGUUUGCUGUGUGAAAGGAAGGAGGGCGAGCACGACACGAGCCGGCGAAUGAAGACAGAAUUUCUCAUGCAGUUCGAUGGAGUUAAAAGCGAAGCAGAGGACAGAGUGCUGGUAAUGGGAGCAACAAACAGGCCCCAAGAACUGGACGAAGCCGUUCUCCGACGAUUUCCGAAGAGAAUAUAUGUCGACAUGCCCGACGAAGCAGCGAGAAAACAGAUUCUUAACCACCUUUUAUCCAAGCAUGGCAGUCCACUGUCAGAAAAAGAACUUGCGGUACUUGCCAGGACAACCACUGGUUACUCGGCAAGUGAUCUGACUGCACUGGCAAAAGAUGCUGCACUCGGGCCUAUCAGAGAACUCAGCAUGGAAGAGGUUAAAAACUUGGCUCCAGAUGAUGUCAGAGGAAUCCGCGUGUCGGACUUUAAAGAAUCUUUGAAGAAAAUCAAAGCAAGUGUGAAUCCCCAGAACCUCCUUAUAUACUUGAACUGGAACAAGGAGUUUGGUGACACAGCCUAGGCUGUGUUUAUACUGAAAAAAAGCUGGACAUGCUUACACAUCGAGCAUGCAUACUUUACAAUGAUGUACAUAACAUCUUACUGCUUUGUAAAAUAAAUAAUUAGCAACUGCAAUGACAGUGGUGAAUGAGCAAAAAGCAAGAAAUAAUAACAUAACAGACACGUAUAUUGUAGACUCACCUUGCAACCAAUGGCCAUUCAUAGCAGAGGAAAAUGUAUAAACAUAUAUAUUGAAGGACGACACUUCAUAAUGUAUUUGCCUUGAAAACACCGGGAUGUCUCUGAUGAAAACAUGCAAUGUGGAUACAGAUGUCAUUGAAAGUACUUAUUGAUGGGUGUUUGUUUGAUGUUUGUUUUAAAUAAAUAAAUUAUAACGUUUGGGAUCAAGCCUAGAUAUCAAAUGUAGCUGCCUUUUUUCUCAUGAAGGGCCAUUUGGCUGAGACACAAUUUAAAAUCCCAUGUCCGUCAACUGCUAGACGAAUGCUCAUGGGGGUUGUUUGGCCAUACUUUUUCAUGCUGGUCAAUGUAAGUUGGUAAAGGGUGGCCCAGGUUUAGUUAUCACGGAACCACUGAUGUUAUCCAUGGCAGGGAAUCAAUCGCAGGUCGCCGGGUUCAUAGCGCAGUGCGCUUAACCACUCAUCGUGGCUCAUUACCUGAACCGAUAUCCUGAGAUGUAUUUUAUAGGUCUGUUAAUUUCAAAGAUAUGUUUUUCUAUAAAAUAAAUGAUUGUCACAGUUGUUACCUU